AUGGUCCACGCAUACUUCAACCCCGCUCAGGCUGCCGCCUUCAACGCCCUCGCCACCACGAAGGGCAGCACCUUCGAGAUCAAGUACUUCAACAUCCAUGGUCUUGGCGGUGUCACCCGCACCCUCCUCGCCAUCUCCGGCAACAAGUUCACCUCCAACAACCCUGAAGACUGGGCCUCCGAGAAACCCCUCGCCCCCUUUGGUGUCAUGCCCCUCCUCACCGAGACCUCUGCUGACGGCAAGACCAUCAUCCAGAUUGCUGAGUCCGACGCCAUCGAACGCUACCUCGCCAACAAGUUCGGACUCCUUGGCUCCAACACCUUUGAGGAGGUCCUCGUCAACACCUUUGUCUCCAACAACCACUCCCUCCAGUCCGCCAUCUUCUCAAAGUACUUGAUUAACAAGGAUCCUGAACUCAAGGCUGCCAACAAGGAGCCCCUGAUCACCAGCAACAUUGCCCCCUGGAUCAAGUACCAUGAGCAGCACCUUGUCGCCAAUGGCGCCAACGGACACUAUGUCGGUAACAAGGUCACUCUGGCCGAUGUCACGACUGAUUUCUUGAUUGGGCUGAUCCAGGGUGUGACUGGGGAGGAAUUGGUCUCGAAGAGCAAGACCCCUGCUAUUUGGGAGGUCCGCGAGAAGUUGAACAAGAUCGAGGGCUUGGCUGCUUGGAAGCAGACUGAGGAGUUCAAGAUGCUUAGCGAGAAGAACUUUGCUGUUCUUGGCUUCUACUAA